GUGUGUAUAUUUAUGUAAACAACAAACCUAUAAUUGACGUCUGAUCGUCGACACGCUCCACUGCGACUCGUUUCAUUAGCGCUGGGGACAGAGAGCUGCUCCUGUCUCUCGUUUCGGGUCUCUGUCUGAUUUGUUUUGAACAAUACGGGCAUAUUGUGAAACCAGGCGUGGGUUGCCCUACAUCUCCCGAGUUUUAGGAUCAGGAUUAAUUCAUUUUCGUCUCAGGAAUCAUGACUUCUCAGGUGAGGCAGAACUUCCAUCAGGAGUGCGAGGCAGCCAUUAACAGACAGAUUUAUCUGGAGCUCUACGCCUCUUACGUGUACCUGUCCAUGGGGUAUUAUUUUGACAGGGAUGACAAGUCUUUGCCCAACUUUGCCAAGUUUUUCCGCGAGCAGUCUAAGGAGGAGCGAGAACAUGCGGAGAAGCUGAUGAGUCUGCAGAACCAGAGAGGAGGACGGAUCUACCUGCAGGACAUCAAGAAGCCGGAUCGGGAUGAGUGGGGCAGUGGUCUGGAAGCGCUGGAAUGUGCUCUGGCUCUGGAAAAGAGUGUAAAUCUGUCCUUGCUGGAGCUUCACAAGGUUGCAACUCAACACAAUGAUCCACAUGUUUGCGAUUUCCUGGAGACGCAUUACCUGGAUGAACAGGUGAAGUCCAUUAAAGAGCUGGCGGACUGGGUGAGCAGCCUGCGGCGGAUGGGCGCCCCUCAGAACGGCAUGGCCGAGUAUCUGUUCGACAAGCACACUCUGGGAAAGGAGAGCUCUUAGACAGUCUCGUCUCUCUCAGUGAUUAUGAUGCAGUCAGUACGCCGAGCAUGUAAUGCUACAUGAGUGUCAGACAGACGGGUUACAAACUCUGCUGUAGUUUACUAGAAAUCCUGCCUGAACCCUUUAUAAGCCAUACAGUAGGUAUAGCCCACAUUAUACGCAUUAUGUGAAAUCAUCUAAAUGAGUUGACCUCAAUAAACAAAGUUUAUCGAAGUGAA